AUGAUGUUCAUGAAAUCUUUUAUUGCAUUAGCUGUGGCUAUCUCAGGCGUCCGUGCUGCCUUUGACAUUAAUAGCAAGAACAAUCUUGUUAUGUACUGGGGCCAAUCUUCUGCUGGUUCAGAACAGUCACUUGGUGACUAUUGUGCCCAAACUGCCGGUGACAUUUAUGUCUUGUCGUUCCUCUAUGAGUUUGGGUCUGGGACUCCUUCUUUAAACAUUGACUCUUGUAGUGAGACCUUUCCUGGUAGCACUCUUCUCCACUGUCCCAAUAUUGGGGCUGAUAUUAAAUCUUGCCAGCAGGCUGGUAAGAAGGUUUUGUUGUCUCUUGGUGGUGCUGUUGGACAAUACGGUUUCUCUUCCGAUAGUGAAGCUCAAACUUUUGCUGGCACCUUGUGGGAUUUGUUUGGCGGUGGUUCUUCUGAUACUCGUCCUUUUGAUGAUGCUGUCGUUGACGGAUUUGACCUUGAUAUUGAAAACGACUCGUCUACUGGAUAUGUUGCACUUGUUAAUCAACUUCGUCAAUACUUUAGCGGUGCUAGUAAAGAUUAUUACAUCUCCACUGCUCCUCAAUGCCCCUAUCCCGAUGCCAAUGUUGGUGAUGUUUUGGCCAAUGCUGAUAUUGAUUUUGCCUUCAUCCAGUUCUACAAUAACUACUGUUCCAUUGGUCCAAACUUCAACUUUGACACUUGGCAAAACUUUGCUUCUAACACUUCCCCAAAUAAGAACAUCAAGCUAUUCUUGGGACUUCCCGGAUCAACUAGUGCUGCUGGUUCAGGUUAUGAGCAGCCUGACGCUGUGGCCUCGGCUGUAGCCAGUAUCUCCACUGAUUCUAAUUUCGCUGGUAUCAUGCUGUGGGAUGCUUCUCAGGGAUUUACAAAUCAGGUGAAUGGCGUUUCAUAUGCGCAAGCCAUGCAAAACAUUCUUGACGGCCAGAGUGGUGGUAACAGUGGUGCAUCAGUAAGUUCUCCUGUCUUGCAAACAUCUACCAGUUCAGUUUCCAUCCCAACCUCUUCUGUCGCUGCCCCACUGUCAUCUUCUCAGCCUGUUGUUACAGCUUCUCCUUCAACUUUCUCAAUUGCAGUCAACUCUGGAUUGGAUUCGGAUCCUACUGGACUGACCCUUGUGGCUAUUCCAGAAUCAACUACAACUACUGUUGCCACCACCACCGAGAGUAUCACCAGUGUAGUUGGCCAUGUUACCUUUACUAAGCAGGUCCAGCCUAUCAAAUCAGUUAACCCUGCUCCUCCUUCCACUGAAGUUGCAGCUGCUGCUCCUUCAGCUACAGGCUCUGCUUCUGCUGGUGGCCCUUGUACUGGAAACGAGACCACCUGCAUUGACGGAAAAUAUUCUGUCUGCAAUUUCAACCAGUGGGUUACAUUUGAUUGUCCUGCUGGAACAGUUUGCCUUGUGUCUGGCGGCGCAAGUUGCGGAUUCCCACCUUCAAAGAGAGAUGAAACCUUUGUAGUCCGUCGACACAAACAUCAUGCUCAUUAA